ACCCCAGAAACAUCUCACAAGGCCAUCAAUAAAUAAAUUUUACAACGCCCUAUCAAACGCUGGAUUAUCACUAAAGCUGUUUCCAAUUCCAUUAGAUUUCUUAUCACAAAGAGCUUGGAUCUCGCGAAACCAUUGACAGCAUUCUACAAUGGCGGGCCCGCCUUACAAAGACAUUACGUUUGAGAUCCGCGGGAAGAUUGGGAUUAUCAAAUUCAAUCGUCCGAAGCACCUCAAUUCGUUUGGCGGGAGCAUGGUCGAGGAGGCCAUCGAUGCCUUUCGGAUCCUCGACAAGCACCCCGACACCGUCUUCACCGUGCUCACCGGCGAAGGCCGAUUCUUCUCUGCCGGUGCAGAUGUGAAAACCAUCGCCUCGGUCGAGGACGUGCAAAACGAAGGCCAGAAGAAGCUGUACUGGCUACGCCGCUUCCUGCCUGGAGUCGAGCUCGUCCGGUCCAUCAUCGACCACAGCAAAGUGACAGUCCUGGCGCUAAACGGCAACGCCGUCGGGGCUGGCGCGGCAUGGUUCCAGGGCAGCUCGGACCUAUUCUUCGCAGCCGAGGGCGCGUGGCUCAACGUGACGUUUUCGGCGCUCGGCCUGGUGCCGGAGAACGGGUCGGCGCUGGCGUUUGCGCAGCACAUGGGCGUGCACCGGGCCAACGAGAUGCUCAUGUUUGGGCGCAAGGUGACGGUGGAGGAGUUGCGGGAGGUGGGGCUGGUGAAUCAGCUGUUCCCUGCGGCGAGCUUUCAUGAGGAUGUGGUUGGGUUCUUGGAGAGGCAGUUGGUGGGGAAUGAUGGGAAGAGCAUGGUGGAGAUGAAGAGAUUGCAGAAUGAGGGGCGGAAGUUGGAGAGGAUGGCGGCGGUGUAUUCGAGUGUGGAUGCCUUGGCGGAGAGGUUUGUGGAGGGGGUGCCGAUUGAGAGGAUGGGUGCGAAAAUGCAGGAAUUGGCGGCAAAGUCGAAAAGCCGGUCUAAGCUGUAGAUUCGUCGUGCUUGGAUGUAUGAUGUCUGAUGUCUGUAUGUCUGGAUGUCAGGAUACAAUUCAAGAAUGAAUUUCUACGAUUUCCCCGUCAAGACUUUCCUGGUGUGAAUUGGACAUGAUUUGCACUGUGACGAGAGAGUAUAUGGGGGAAGGGGUAAGGACAUUGAUUAUGCCUCUAAAUUUUUCACACAGUCACUACGUCGUGCGCCUCCUUCCUGAGAACUAACAUGAGCGCACGAAGUUAGGCAUCUACACUUCACGAUGC